CCCCACCUAAUCACCUCUCUACUCUCUCUUCUUCUUCUUCAGUAAAAAAAAAGUCUCUCUUCUCUCAACACAGAACAACAAAUCCAUGGCUUCCAACACUCCCAUCCCCUCCACCGGCGAAGGUCUCAUCGUCAGUUUCGGCGAGAUGCUAAUCGACUUCGUCCCCACCGUAUCCGGCGUCUCCCUCGCCGAAGCUCCUGGCUUCCUCAAAGCUCCCGGCGGCGCUCCCGCUAAUGUCGCGAUCGCCGUCUCUAGACUCGGUGGUAAAGCCGCCUUCGUCGGCAAGCUCGGCGAUGAUGAGUUCGGACACAUGCUCGCCGGGAUCUUGAAGGAGAACAACGUCAGAGCCGACGGGAUUAACUUUGACAAAGGUGCUCGUACAGCACUCGCUUUCGUCACCCUACGCGCCGACGGAGAGCGUGAGUUCAUGUUCUACAGAAAUCCCAGCGCCGAUAUGCUUCUCACUCCUGAAGAUCUCAAUCUCGAACUCAUCAGAUCUGCAAAAGUAUUCCAUUAUGGAUCCAUAAGCUUGAUUGUGGAGCCAUGCAGAUCAGCACAUCUGAAGGCAAUGGAAGUUGCGAAGGAUGCAGGGUGCUUACUCUCUUAUGAUCCAAACCUCCGGUUACCUUUGUGGCCAUCACCAGAGGAAGCCCGUAACCAAAUACUCAGUAUAUGGGACAAGGCUGAUUUGAUCAAGGUCAGUGAUGUUGAGCUGGAAUUUCUAACUGGGAGUGAUAAAAUUGAUGAUGCUUCUGCUCUCUCCUUGUGGCACCCCAAUUUGAAGUUGCUCCUUGUCACUCUUGGUGAAAAUGGUUCCAGAUACUAUACCAAGAAUUUCCAUGGAUCAGUAGAUGCUUUCCAUGUCAACACUGUUGAUACAACUGGAGCUGGUGAUUCCUUCGUUGGAGCUCUGUUGGGCAAGAUUGUUGAUGAUCAAUCCAUACUAGAAGAUGAAGCAAGGUUAAGGGAAGUACUCAAAUUUGCAAAUGCAUGUGGAGCAAUUACAACUACUAAAAAGGGAGCAAUUCCUGCUCUUCCCACAGAGGCUGAUGUUCUCAGCCUGAUCAAAGGGGAAUAGAAAUUUAGUACAACUAAAUCGUUUGGUUUUCUUUUUAUAUAUAUUUUUUUACCUUUACAAUUUUCCGAUGGAGUUGCUCCCGAUCAAUUUAAGAUGUUUUGUAUGUCUUGGUUUUCUUUGUAAUUUGCUUUAUUUUAUUUUAUUUCCUUUCUGCAUCAACGUUAAGAUCAUAUGAUUUCGCAUGUUUUCUUUCAAUUUUGAAAGCAGUGGAUGAAUAAAAAUUUGAGUUCACAUCA